AUGAUGGCUUGUGGGGAAGCUGAACGCGAUUCGAGGGGCCAAGACGCUACUGUCCGAUAUCCGUCCACAGGUCGCACCGCAGCCGACAUUGCACGCGUCGGAAGGAAUACGCAUCGUCUUUUGGCACAAAACUCGGUUGCGAACCGUGUUCUCGGGCAUGCGAAGCUUCUUUCGAUGAUGCACAUCCCGUUGACCCAAGCAAUCGUCAACGUGAUCCCAUCAAGCCUUGGUUUGCAACAAGAUGAACGCGGCGAGUGGAGAAGAGUGGAAUCUUCCCAGGCCUGUGCAGCCUCAACACGUCUUCCAUGCCUCUUCCGUCAAACGUUCCGGUUCUUCAAGAAAUGCCGCAAGGCCCGCUCUGUUGUGCCUGCAAUGUUUGUCGUCAGCUUUUGGUCCGUCUUUCGCAACCCGUCUGCACGGAGCGUUGCAGCCAAGGCCCAAGGACCGGUCUCCAUCGGCGAACAAAGGUGA